AAUUUCUUGACGCGCUACUUUUGUAGACGACGCGACGUUCAAAUGUUCAAUUCGAGAACAUGAGAUAUCGACUCGCGAGAGUCGCGAGCAUUGUCAUCUCGAAAUAUCUCGAGCGAGAUUGAUAUUCCGAGUUGGCAAUGUUGGCACACACGGACAAGUGCAGACAAGUGUCAAAUUGUGUGCCAAGUGCCAAAUGCACAUAAAUUAAAGGAGGAUGGACUUCGAGAGUCCUGACGUUGAGAAGGAAUUUCCCGGAUUGUACGCGUCCGAAUCGGCGAGGAAAAGUAAUGAGAGCGAUUUUAGUGACGAAGGCAGUCACGACAAGCAUUCCAAGAAGGAGCUUCUCGGUGGAAAGCGUAAGGACAAAAAGGACAGGAAGGACAGGGGUUACGCGACCCUAGAGGGUGAGAGCUCGCCAGACGAAGAUCAGGAGACAAAAAGUCCUUCAAAAUCAAAAAAGACCAAAGCCUUUAAAUUCCCAUCUAAAAAGGAGAAACGGGAGAAAUCGAGGGAGAAGGAGGCGAAAGAAAAGGACGCUGAGAAGGAAAAGGACAAAAAGAAGAAAGAAAAGGAUGAGAAGGAUAUAGAUAAGGAAAAGCGGAAGGACAAGGAUAAAGACAAAGCCAAGCAGAAAUUAAAGGAUCGGAAGAAAGGAAAGCAUGAAGGAUUGGAUAUUGGCGAGGAACAACCGAUUUUCGGUGUUAGUCUUCACCUGGCAGUCGAAAGAAGUUGUUGUCAUGACGGAGUUAAAUUACCCUUGGUAGUGCGAGAUUGUAUAGAUUACGUGGAAGAGCAUGGGAUGAAUGUAGAGGGCCUGUACAAAGUCCCCGGAGUGAAGUCAAAAAUUCAGCACUUGAAAAAAUUAUACAAUAAUCGGGAGCCGGUGAAUAUAUCCGAGUUCGAACCCACGGUAGCUACGAGCUUAUUGAUACUCUUUCUUAGAGAGCUGCCAGAAUCCGUGUUGGAGAACAGCGAAACGAUAUCGCGCUUCGAGCAGGCCGCAUCGACCAAGGACGUCGCGCAGCGCGAAGCUCAAUUGGCCCAGUUGACGCAGCAGUUACCGGAAUGCAACAGGAUUCUUCUGGCAUGGGUUACGUUACAUUUGGACAAUGUUACGGCGCGUGAGAAAACAACAAAAAUGAACGCACAAACGGUCUCGAUGACGUUAAGCCCGGUUCUGCAAAUGAGUCACAGAUUGCUAUUGGCCCUAUUAUUCCACUGCAAGGCUUUGUUCCCAAAUAUACAAUUGACAAAAUAUGUGCCACCGUUAUCAUCCGGUAGUACCAAUCUGCCAGAUUCCGUGGAGGGUAUAGCCGCGGAACUAUCCAAGCAAGAAUCGUUGCUUUCUCAAAUUCACAUGCAGAUGAAUGCCGGUUUUGUAACAAAAUCUCGGGAGGAACAAUUGUGGGAAGUACAACGAAUGAUAACGCAAUUAAAGAGAAAAUGUAAAACUGUUCAAAAACUGGAAGGUGCUACGCAAAAGAGUCUAGAUGAAGAAAUAAAGUUAACCGAUAAUAUUCCCAUAGAAUCUGUCUCACAGAAGUCAAAGUCUGAUGAAGAUUCCGGGCAAAUAAUCCCUUGUGAUGCUCAACCGUUAACCAAUCCGACAUUGAUAAAAAAAGACAGCAAACUGUAUAAUGCAGAAGAGGCGAAAGAGAAAUGUUCUUGCUCGACGGGUAUCAACGCAAACGCUACGCAAAAUGAACAAAGUGUAAAUGCGCAAGAGAAAGACACGGUUGAUUUCGCGGUUGAGAUUGCAACGGUUACACCGCAAGAGCCUGAGAGUGUAACACCGAAUGACAAAACAAACAAGCCUGACGAGGAAGAUGUCAUAGAUAAGUUGCGAGAGAGGCUGAUCCACGAGGAACUGUUGAACAUGCAAGCGUUACUGAAAUCUCGCAUCAAUCAAGAGAGGAAUGAGAUCAGACGAUUGAUGGAAAUGCUAAUGGAGUGCAGCACGAAAGAAGAAAAGAAGAAACCUAAAGAGAGGACGCACUCUCCCAACGAAGCUGAAAUGACGGCCAUGAUACAGCUAGUCAAAGAGAAUCAAUUACUCGAGAAGAAGAUGACGACGUUGAUACGUAGUAUUAUCGAGGAGAAAGACGCUUGUGUGGAACUACGUGUACAACUGGCGGUGCAUCAAUUAAUGGCCAAAACUUGACCACAAAUCUCCUAGCGAUCGCAUCGGAAUCACAAUAUCUCUACAUUAUAAAGAUAUGAUCUGACAUUACGUUUUUGCACAUAAUGACCAUAUAUAGUUUAUAACAUGUUACAAUUAUCACAUGUACCAUUAACUCGUUCGAUCCUUCCGUGAAAUAAUAAAAUAUACAAAAUGCAACUAGAACUUUUA